AUGUCAUAUGGAUAAAAUUUAUAAGUUUUCAAUCCCUAAAGAUUUAAAAAGAUAGAGAAAGAGUUAUAAUAGAAUAAGAAACGAUUAGAAGAAAGUAUUUACUUUACUUUUGAUCUUUUUUAGUGAGAUUAGAAGAAGAGUCAUAAAAUACAAAAUUAUUAAAAGUAUAAUAGAAAGAAAGAACUGUUGAUUUAGAAUAUAAGGACAGAAAAAAAAAGAUGGAAGAAACUUAAGAAUAAUUGGCUUUUGAAGCUUAAAAAUUUAAUGAUGAAUAAAGAAGAAUGAAUUAAGAUUUGGAAAGUAAAAAAGACUCAGUUGUAAUGUUGAAUGAUAGAAAAAAAAGAUAAGAUGAUGAAAGGUAUGCUAAAGAAUAAAAGAUUACUUUAGCUAAGGAAUAAGAAAAGGCAUAGGCUUUAAAUGAAUUAGCAAAAUUAUAGUAAACAAUUAUUAUAUUUUUAGAGAAGAGGUUAAUUAAUUAGAAAUUAGAAGAAAGAAUCAUUAAUAAUAUGAAUAGUUUUUUAAGAAAGUGAUAUCUAAAUCAAAGGAAUUAGAAACAGGUUAAAAUGAUGAUGAAAAUGCUAUAAAAGAAUUGAUUGAUAGAUAUGAGAGAUUAAAGAAAAAAGAAGAGGAAUUCAAAAAAGAUAGGGAAUUAAGAGAAAACUAAAAAGAUUAAAUUAAUCAAUAAUUUAAUGAAGUAUUUAACUUAUUUAUAAAGUUAGUUAAAUAGUAAAAUAUAAGCAGAAACAUAUGAAUUCAAUUCUAAAUAUAAUAAAUUAAAGCUGUUAAUUCAAUAAAUUAAUGAUGAGAAUAUUUCUAAACAUAAAGAAAUAGAAGGAACUCAAAAUUAAAAUGAAGCUACUUAAAAAGAAUAUAUUUAAGUAAUUCAUGGAAUUUAGAAUAUGAAAGACAUAUUAAAAUAGAGAAAUAAAAUAGUAAAAAGAAUACUUUUAUCUAGUAAAGAUAGUGAUAAUGUAACAGAAUAAUAGAGAAAUAGGAAGAAAGAAAAAAAAAUAGAUAAUUAAAAGAUAGAAAAAUAUUUGAAUUUUAUUAAGGAUGAAUUAUAAACUUUAUAAUAAUUUAAAUAGGAAUUUGAUAAAUUUUUAGCAAAAGAAAAAGAACGUGAUUGA